AAGUUCACCUCUUCAAAAUUGAGGGAACUUAACCAUGGGUCGUGUCAUUCGUGCUCAACGUAAAGGUGCCGGUUCAGUCUUCGUUUCACACACUAAGAAAAGGAAAGGAGCUCCAAAAUUACGUUCCUUAGACUAUGCUGAACGUCAUGGCUAUAUCAAAGGUGUUGUUAAGGAUAUCAUCCAUGACCCUGGUAGAGGUGCACCACUUGCAGUAGUUCACUUCCGUGAUCCUUACAAGUUUAAGACCCGAAAAGAACUAUUUAUUGCUCCUGAGGGCCUCUACACUGGCCAAUUUGUGUACUGUGGCAAGAAAGCUACACUUGAAGUUGGCAAUGUAAUGCCUGUGGGGGCUAUGCCUGAAGGUACCAUUGUUUGCAACUUGGAAGAAAAGAUGGGUGACCGAGGUCGGCUUGCUCGUGCAUCUGGAAACUUUGCUACAGUGAUCGGCCACAACCCUGAUGCUAAACGUACCAGAGUUAAGCUCCCAUCUGGCGCUAAGAAAGUAUUGCCAUCCAGCAACAGGGGCAUGGUUGGUAUUGUUGCUGGCGGUGGACGUAUUGACAAACCUAUAUUAAAGGCAGGUCGUGCAUACCACAAAUACAAAGUGAAACGUAACUGCUGGCCAUAUGUGCGAGGUGUUACCAUGAACCCUGUAGAGCAUCCUCAUGGUGGUGGUAACCAUCAACACAUUGGUAAGGCUUCGACCGUAAAGAGAGGAACAUCAGCUGGUCGCAAGGUCGGUCUUAUUGCCGCCCGAAGAACCGGAAGAAUUCGUGGUGGCAAGACCGAUACAAAGAAGGAGGCGUAAAUGUAUUUUUAUGCAAAAUAAAAAGUGUAAAAUCGCAA